UGAUUUGUGCGUGUAAGAUUUUAUCAAUUGUGUGAAAAUUUUGUAAAAUAGUUUCACCGCAUAAUACUAUUAUUUUUUAAUUUAUAAGAAAGAUAAAUAAGCAAAUAAAGCAGUAAGGAAGCAUAAAGCAUAUUAUUAGCUAAAAAAACAUGAUAUAAGCAUGGCAAACAUAAUAUUUUAAUAACCAGUGAAAUCGAAGGUGAACAACAACAACAAAGCGGAACGCCAACCCUCCAAAAUUGUAUUUUCGCGCAUUUGCCGCCGAUUUUACCGCGUGAAAAGUUGGCUGCAAACGAAUUAGGCUGAAAUAAAUCUAAAUUGAAAGCGUUCGUUUAAAAGAGACUACCAAGGAGAUUUGCAACUAACGCGGUUGAAUAUAAUCUCUUUGACGCGAUGAUGCCCACCAACGCAGGACUACAUUCAGAAGAUCACAUAUAUUGCCAACGUCAAAACAGGAAUAUGACUUUAGAAGUACGACAAAAUCAUCGUGAACCUCUGCAAGCGCAGCAACAUUUUGCUCAGCAAAUUCAGCAUACUUUGUCACCUCGACAACCACAAUUACCCCAACAGCAACAACAAAGUUGUAGUGUAUCAAACAGACUAGAAGAAGUAACGCAAAAGUUGCAACAGAACUCUUCACAGCAGCAUCAAAGGGCGACAGUUUCCGCUACCGUUUUUACUUCGCACGAUUUGGCUGUGGAGAGUGUGAUGCCAGGCAUAUAUUUAACAAAGAAUUUUAUCGCCUGGAAUGAGGAAAAUUUACGUUCACAUGGCUUCACACAUAUCAUAAUAAUUGACAAGCACAUACAGGAAUUGUAUUAUCCUUCACCAAUAUUUAAAUUAUCCACUGAAAAUACCACUGUUGAUGCAUUUGAUACAUAUGAAUACUUUAGUCAUCCAGCCACUGCGUCACUCAAAUUUGGUAAAGAAUUUGAAGCGAUUGAUUUGAAUUUUGGCGAAAAAUCCUACUUGACCACUGUGUUGCCGAAUUGUUAUCGCGCUGUUAAAUUUAUAAAUAAAGCCUUACUAGCGGGUGGCACAAUCUUGGUAAUCGAUUGUAAUGGCAGUGAACAAAAGUGUGUGACGAUAGUUGUGGCAUAUCUGAUGUACAAGCAUAAUAUAAAUUUUAGCAAGGCAUUUUCGCGCCUAAAAGAGCACUAUGAAAAGGCUGAUCUGGAUCGCUUCUAUAUGACACAACUGUACGAAUAUGAACCAAUAUUACAGGUGCAGCGUGCACAAUCACGCGGCCAGAGUUGUUCACGUGAAAUGUACUCGGCCAUACUGAAACGUAAGAAGGGAGAUGAUGAGGAAACGAGCGUGUAUGAUGGUAGCAUGUCAUUUUACGCUAGCAAUACUACACAAGACUUUUUCAAUUCAUUCAAUCCGUUAACAAAUUUUAAUGCGACAACAACAACAAUUGCGGAAAGGAAUUUGAAAACAGUAAACGCAUUUAUUCAACAAAGACACCACUAUGAAACAUCGGUGCAACAUGAAAUCAAUGCUGCUUCGUCAUCAGCAAAUUACAGUACCGAUGAUUAUGCUAUGGAGUAAAUGAACUGAGUUUUUUUUCGCAUGUCGGCAACCGGUUAAGCUCCUAGACACAGUAGUUGCAGUAUCGAUUAAACAUAAACAGAAGUACAUACAUGAUUUACGAGGAAUGCACGCGAUUGCAGCUAAACGGCUACUGAUAUCUUAGCGCCAGAUUCAAUUGUCAAAUAGUUUGAAGAAUAGCAUUGCAUUGACAGUUCUUGUACGGCUAUAAAUCCGAGUCCCGAAAAGCAACUGGUCACCAGUCCAGAGCAGUAUGGAAGCUCAACUGGUAGUAGUUUCGGCUACCAGAUCGGAGUCGGAGCGCUUAGAGUUCGCUCCAACCUGCACAUGCAUACUGGCCCAUCGAGGAGUAUCGUGAUGGUUCUGAUUAAAAUCCAAGUGCGGGAGAUUUGACAUUUUGUCAGUUGAAUAUGGAGUUGCAUUGCAAUCGCUUGCCGGACCCAAAGUACAGCGGACGUUUUAGAUAGGUCUCGAACCCUACCAAGUUGGUUAGUGCGUCCAUUACCCACGUUAAACCCACCGUACGUUGUCGUUUACUCUAUUUAAGACCAAAUUUAAACAAAAUCCGGAAGUGGAAUUUAUAAAAGCUUCUUUUUUUAUUGGCGUAGAUACCGUACUUCACCGACUUCGUUUUCGCUGUUUGGCGCCAAUAGGAGAUUCCAAGUAUAGUCAGGUCCACCUGGUUUCUCUUCCGCUGCUUCCAUCGAGGGGUAUUGAAGUGUUUCCAUCCAUUCUGAAGACAUGACCUAGCCAGCGUAGCCGUGGUAUUCAAUGUCGUGGUAUAUCUCAUACAGCAGUCGUCGGAACGAACAGUCGAUUUCUAAAAGCUUAGAGGGCAGACAACUGAUAUAAAUCGCAAAAACUAACAAAUCAAAUAAAAUAAUGUCAGCCUUCGAUAUGUCUAAACUUAAAGACUAACACAGCUGAUAAAAAUAUCAAAAUAUGGACUUUAUUGGAUCUGCCAACACUUAGCGUGUGGAGAAUCGAAUAAACAAUAUAUAUAAAUCAUAAAUAUUUUUAUAAUCAAAUAGUGGGACUGCACCACUUUAGCCUCUACCCAAGGUACUAUGUAAAUUGAUGGAUGAAGAUCUUUGGUUCUAUUUAAAUCUAAUUUCGUUUGGAUUAAGUCCGAGAAUGAAUUCUUUUCAUCAACGAAUAUAGUUUCAGCAAGAUUUUAAGUCAAAACUGAAAUAUUGGGGAGGCAGCAUUAAGGUACUUCUUUUGCACCUGCUGAACUCAAGUUUGCUUCGUAUCAAAGAGUCUUUAAGAGCCAGUGAGUCCGUCACUAUAUUCAAAAAAAAAAAAAAAAAAAAAAGCUCUGCCAAUGUCAUUCCUACUCACAGAAUAAUGAUAAUUCCGGCAGCAGUGUGCCAAUAUUGCUCUACUCUGCAAGCUAUUCUGACGACCUCACCCUUUUGCUGGGAGGAACAGUUGUGUAUAACUUGCCGUAAUGUUUCCUAUUCUAAAAGAAGUAUUGUAGCUAUUCAAUAUCAUCGCCAACAGUAAGAAUAACUAGCUAAAAUGAUACUCACCGAUUGAUGUUAUAUAUGUACCUACAUACAUACAUAAAUAUGUAUUUAUUAUUAGAUUUCAGUGGAUCGUAUAUUCGAUAGUCGCCCGCAAACCAAUACCAAAUAAAUACAU